GACAGUCUCGCGCGCGGGACGCCUGGGCGCCAUUUUGAGCUCCCUCCUGACAGGAGCAGGCUAGUGAAGAAAACUAGCCGAUAAACCCAGCACGUUUAGUGUUUAGUAUGUCGUUAAAAGUGUCUGCUGGUAGUUUAACUAGCUAGCACUGUAUUCCAGUCGUUUACUGAGUGACUCGAGCUGUUUGAAAUAAAUGUUAGCUGAAAAUUUAGCUUAAAAACAGCUCUGCUAACUGGUUAGCUUCGUGGCUAAAUCUUAACAGUUAAAUAAAUUGCUCGACUCGGAGCGUUCUCUCAGAAUAAAAACACUCUCACUGUUAUUGGUAUUUAAUAUUCACAUGGAUUUGAUUUGUCACGAAGACACGCUCGAGGCCGCCCCAAAGCACAGGCUGGUUCGGGCGGUCCGUGACCCGGUUCUGGUGGAGGAUGGCCGGGUUUGGAGAAACCUGACGAGUUUAGAGAAAAGAUACGCGCUGUCUGAGUCUUAUUUCGGCUCCGUACAGACUGAGGUGCAGCCGUACAUGAGGAGAAUCCUCACAGGCUGGAUGUUACAGGUGUGUGAGGAGCAGAGGUGCGAGGAGGAAGUCUUCCCGUUAUCAGUUCAGUACCUGGACAGGUACAUGGCUCAGUGCGAAAUGUCCACGUCCAGUCUGCAGCUGCUCGGCUCCACCUGCAUGUUCCUGGCCUCCAAACUCAGAGACUCGGUUCCUCUGAGCGCUGUGGAUCUCUGCAUCUACACCGACAGCGCCUUCUCCCUUACACAGCUACUGCAGUGGGAGUUACUGGUGGUGUCAAGGCUAAACUGGGAUUUGGCCUCAGUGCUGCCUUCUGACUUCCUAGAGACGCUACUGCAGGGACUUCCCAUAAUUCCUUCUGACCCCUCUGCCCUGCGCAAACACACACACACGUACAUCGCUCUAGCUGCUACAGAGUUUACAUUUUCAACCUAUCUGCCCUCCGUUAUCGCCUGUAGCUGUGUGGCUGCUGCAGCUCGGCGUCUGAACCUGCUGGAUAGAAUGCUGUCUUGCGACACACUCCUGCAGCUCAUGGCUAGCCUCUUAGACACUAACCUGGUGUCUCUCUGUAACUGUUACUCCGCCUUGGAGGAGACUCUGAAGGUCACUCUGCCCCCAGACCCGGCCCGGUGCACUUCGCACUCACCUGUUACCACUCCUGAAGUCAAACAGUCCCCUCCGAGCCAUACAGAACCCUGUCUGGUGGAUCACACUUUAGCUCACUAGCAGGACGUCCAAACUAAAGAGAUCAGCAGCACACGUGUUACAUUCAUACACAGACACAUGCACAGGUUAGUUCUGGUGACUAGAUCAUACCAGCUGUUUAAUAUACAUGUUCAAAUAUUCAGUUAAAUCAAAUAACGUUUAUGACAUUAGGUUACUUAUUAAAGGGUGGGGAUGGAAUUAAUUCUCAUUAUAUUACUACUACAAAGUGUCUGGUUUAGGAUUAAAAUAUACUUUUAUUAGUACAAAUAGACUUUAAUCAGGAGUGUCAGUCCUAAGCUGCACAUUCAGAAAAUUCUCUGCUUUUUAAUUUCCCUGUUCCUCAUUCCCCUUUAACACACCAUGACUGUAGCUAAGUUAACUAAAACGCUGCUUUUCAGUUCUGGGGUUCAGAAAGCUUUAGGUUCACUAAGAUGCAUUUGUAUAUAUGUAUAAUGUGUCUUGUUUCAAAUGUUCCUAGUGUUCCUAGUGUGUGUGUGUGUGUGUGUGUUUUAAACUGCCUGCGUGGCACAUUUCCUUCAAGUUUUGUAUAUCUUUGCACAGGGUUUGCAUUUCUUAUUUGUCCUUGGCACACUGCACCAACGCUGCUUUCCAAAUGUCGCUAUGAGAGGGUUAAAGUGAAACCUGAAU